AUGGUAUCAAGAUCUUGCGCGAAUUUUCUUGAUUUAUCAUCUUGGGACCUCUUAGGCUUUCCUCAAACUCCGAGAACUCUCCCUCGCGUUAUGACUGUUCCCGGAAUCAUCACCGACUUAGACGGAGACGGCGGCGAAGUAUCCUCCUCCUCCGGUGGCUCACGCGAGAGGAAAAUCAUCGUAGCUAAUAUGUUACCUCUCCAAUCCAAAAGAGACGCUGAAACUGGUAAAUGGUGUUUCGCUUGGGACGAAGACUCUCUCCAGUUACAGCUCAGAGACGGGUUCUCUCCAGAAACAGAGUUCCUCUACGUCGGAUCACUCAACGCAGACGUCGAAUCCAGCGAGCAAGAAGAAGUCUCGAAGAGGCUUCUCGAGGAAUUCAACUGCGUCGCGACGUUUCUGCCUCAAGAGCUGCAGAAAAUGUUCUAUCUUGGCUUCUGUAAACACCAGCUAUGGCCUCUCUUCCAUUACAUGCUCCCAAUGUUUCCCGACCACGGAGAUCGUUUCGACAGGCGUCUAUGGCAAGCCUAUGUAUCAGCCAACAAGAUAUUCUCGGACAGGGUGAUGGAAGUCAUCAACCCUGAGGAUGAUUAUGUCUGGAUUCAGGAUUAUCAUCUCAUGGUUCUUCCUACUUUCUUGAGGAAACGCUUCAACAGGAUCAAGCUUGGUUUCUUCCUUCAUAGUCCGUUUCCUUCCUCUGAGAUUUACAGAACUUUGCCUGUUCGUGACGAGAUUCUGAGAGGUUUGUUGAACUGUGAUCUCAUUGGCUUCCACACGUUUGAUUACGCGAGGCAUUUCUUGUCUUGCUGCAGUAGAAUGCUCGGUCUUGAUUACGAGUCUAAGCGAGGUCACAUCGGGCUUGACUACUUUGGUAGGACUGUGUUUAUCAAAAUCCUCCCCGUUGGUGUCCACAUGGGUAGAUUGGAAUCUGUUUUGAACCUUCCUUCAACCGCAGCGAAGACGAGAGAGAUUCAAGAACAGUUUAAAGGGAAGAAACUGGUUCUUGGCAUAGACGAUAUGGACAUAUUCAAAGGCAUAAGCCUGAAGCUUCUAGCGAUGGAGAAUCUCUUUGAGACGUAUUGGCAUUUGAGAGGGAAAGUUGUUCUUGUUCAGAUUGUGAACCCCGCAAGAUCAUCAGGUAAAGACGUGGAAGAAGCAAAGAGGGAGACGUAUGUGACUGCGAAGAGGAUCAACGAGCGUUACGGUACUCCUGAUUAUAAACCAAUAGUCUUGAUCGAUCGUCUUGUUCCACGUUAUGAGAAAACCGCGUAUUACGCUGCAGCGGAUUGUUGCCUGGUGAAUGCAGUGAGAGACGGCAUGAACUUAGUGCCUUAUAAGUAUAUUGUCUGCAGGGAAGGGACUCGAGACAAGGCUCUUGAUUCAUCGCCACGCACAAGCACCCUUGUUGUAUCUGAGUUCAUUGGUUGCUCUCCUUCUCUGAGUGGUGCCAUUAGAGUGAAUCCAUGGGAUGUAGAUGUGGUUGCUCAGGCGGUGAACUCAGCUCUUAAAAUGAGUGAGGCCGAGAAGCAACUACGGCAUGAGAAACAUUACCAUUACAUUAGCACUCACGAUGUUGGUUAUUGGGCAAGGAGCUUUAUGCAGGAUCUUGAGAGAGCGUGCCGGGAUCAUUACAGUAAACGUUGUUGGGGGAUUGGAUUCGGGUUAGGGUUCAGAGUUUUGUCGCUCUCUCCGAGUUUUAGGAAGCUGUCCGUGGAACACAUCGUCCCGGUCUAUAGAAAAACAGAGAAGAGAGCUAUAUUUCUUGAUUACGAUGGCACUCUUGUCCCUGAAAGCUCCAUUAUCCAAGAUCCAAGCGCAGAGGUUCUCUCUGUUUUGAAGACUCUAUGUGAACAUCCUAGAAACACUGUGUUUAUUGUUAGUGGAAGAGGAAAAGAGUCUCUGAGCAAUUGGCUAUCUCCUUGUGAGAAUCUUGGAAUCGCUGCUGAACACGGAUACUUCAUUAGGUAA